AUGGCAGGGAUGGAUAAGCCUCCAGAGGAAAAACGUCUCCUCUUCAUUAAUACCAGUGAAAACAAUUUUCUUCCACGUAGAAAUCAGCAUAAUUCAAUUGAUUCCGAGGUCCGUCGCCAUGUUAUGCUUGAUAUUGGCAAGGCCCGACGAAAGCCAUCAAAGGACCGCCAGUUCGUCACCUUGACAUGGCAGACACAAAAGCACACCGGCAAACAAGAAAGUCCAAAGAUAAGACACUAUGGCCAUUCAAAAACACCCGAGGAGUGCCAGGCCACAAUAAGCACGCCUACAUUACAUGCAUUGGCUGUCUUCGAGAAGGAAUGGGGAGAAGAUUCGUUCUCGGCAUACGGAUUUACUCUUAUCAUGGCCACAGGGAAGAAUGCGAUGAGCGGCACUUAUUCGGCAAAUACAUUCUGGUCCCCCUUCGCCUUCAGAAAGUCUGCCUUCCUGAAGCACUACCAGCAAAUCUUUAGUUCACCAGAUGUUCUUAUCCCAUUAUACCGUCGAUCAUCACUAGAACUCAAGUCCAUAGCGCUGGAGCGCUCACUUAUGACAAUCCAGUGUAUCGAGUCCAGACUUACAAGCUCUGAUACGAGUUGGGCAACAUCAGACAGCGUUAUUAGCGCUGUUCUGGCACUAAUCUGCUACAAUUUUUCCAACCUAGAUUUUGACCAAGCGAUGGUUCACAUCAGCGGUAUCUGGAUGGUGAUUGAGGCCAGGGGCGGCAUUUCUACCUUAGAGAAUAAUCAGGACCUACUUCUCAUGAUAUCAUGGGUUGAUAUCACGGCAGCACUUCUGCACAACACGAAACCCUUAUUUCCACUACCCAUGAACCUAGACGCAUUCGUUCGCCCAGGCCUGAACAUGCUCCCAGGUCCGCUUUUCGGCCUCCUUAACGGCGAUAUAUUGUGUGAUGAGCGCUUUCUGGCGGUUCUUGCAUGUAUGGGAGAUUUGAAUGCACUUGCAACAUUCCUCCAGACCGAGCAGGUGACCAAGGGCGAUGCCAUCUGGAGCGACGAAGAGCAAAUGCGUCUCCUUUUGAACCCAAUUGCGCAUGACUUAUUGAACCAACAACAAUUGGAGCCUCCGAAGCCUGAUACACCUUACGAAAUAAUCUUGGAGUCGCUUAGGCUUGGGGCUAUCAUCUGGAUUAUACAGGUGAAGCGAAGGUGCCGCUCUUAUCCCGGGACUGCUCAAGCACGUAUCACGACACUCCUCAGAACAAUAUCAAAUGACACAGAAGCUGAUAUUCCAUGGAACUGCAGUGCAGACCUGCAGGUUGUUCGUCUCUGGCUCCUGGUUCUUUGCAGUGUCAGCGAACCUAGUGGCCAGGACUAUUCGACCUUGAUGCGAAUAAUAGCUUCCGAAAUGAAAGAACUGAACCUGGUGACUUGGGGCCAACUUAUUUCUAUCAUACGGCGAAUGCCCUGGAUCUACUUGAGUGAAGUGCCGGACUUGAGCACCUUGUGA